AUGAGCAUCAAGGGCAUUCCACAAGUGAAGUGGCUCGUCUUCCUCGUUGGACUUGUCACGGCCCUGCUGCUGGGGCUGCUCCUGGUCAAGGUGCACCUGAAGGUCGUUGACAGCUCCAGGAAGUCACGAUACUUGUGGACCCAGCUCGGGGCUCUUUUCGUCACGAACUUGGUCGGCAUCAUCUUGGGAUUGAGCCUCCUCUGCCGGUUCCAGAGCUUCGCUCAAGGCCACCUGCUGCUGUCUGAGCUGACGUCUGAAGCAUGGAAAGUUGCGGACAUGGUCGUGGCCAUGAACGUCUCCACGCGGUCGUUUGAUCACAACCUGGACCGCCUCUACUCAGAGUGCCCGAGUACCACGCACGAGUUCCUGGGGUCCUCCAUCACCGAGAUGAAGGGGGAGCUAAAGAAGGCAAGGGCCGCCUUGGCGGGACUCCACGGCAUGCUGGAACAUCUGCCCGGCCUGCUUCUGGCCCUCGCGGAUCGAAGCCGCUCGCUCGUCACGUCACUGACCUGGUGCCAGGUCCUCCCUUUGCUGGCAAUUGCCGUCUGCUUCGUGGCCCUGGCCAUGCUGGUGUUCCUCCAUGAGCCAAGCUCUCCAUGCUCUUCCGGCCCCACAUUGGCCAAGCGGUGCAGUUGCUUCCAGCUUCCCUGCUUGGCCUCCUCAGUGCUUGUUCCCGUACUCAUCCUCGUGGCCGGCUGUGGUGCCGCCGAACUGCUCCUAGCAGUGUUCUCAAGCACGCUGUGCAGGAGACCGGAAACGACAAUGCUGAACUACGUGAACGCCGUACUUGGCAGUUCGGCCACGUCGAAUCUAACGGUGCAGUACAUACACAAUGCGACCCCGAAUGGUGCCGUUGAGAACCUCCAUGUCCUGCAGGCACAGCUCUCUUCUUGGGACGAAUGGGUGACAACGUACGGCGUGGCUAUACAGAGAAGUUGCCCUGCCUGGGAUGCCGCAAAUGUGUCGCAGAACCUGCAGGCAAUGAUAUCCGAGCUGGACACUGCUGUGGAGUUUGCGGAGCCGUCGCAUCUAACGCUGGAAUGGACCCGCAUCCAUCAUCUUGUCUGUGGAGUGGGCAUCUCUGACCUGGUGCGUCUGAUGGUGAUGACGCUGCUGCUGGGCUUUGUCUGCCUCCCACUCCUGGCCUGUAGUGUAAGCUGUUUGUUGGAACACCUCGUGGCCGAGCGCGGUUCCGGAGGUUUCGGCUAUGCCUUUAACUUGCUCAGUUCAGAAGAUGCUGACCAGAGCUCCUGA